AUGGCUCUCGCCAGCGCCUCCACCGUCUUCUCAAUCGUCCCUCUGAGCGGUACCAGCCCCAUCCAUCUGGGCGCCGUCGGCGUCUACGACAACGGCCUUGCCAUCGGCCCCAAGCAAGACGCCUCUUGCGGCGUCCCCGACAUCAACUACGCUAGCUUCACCCUCAACAACGACACCAACACCCUCUACCUCUACACCGACCUCCCACCUGUCCGCGCCUUCGUCGACCUCUCUGAGUUCGGCAACAGCCGCAUUCGUUUCUACAGCGGCGUCGACCCCAAGCCCGACGAGAACUUCGAGCUUGCCCAGUUCACCAUCAAGGACGACGCCUUGUUCCUCGUCGACUACUCGCCCGAGGGUGUCCGCGCCCUCAACUUCCAGGGCUGCCCCCUUCGCAACGGCCAGGGCUACAGCGUCAACGUCAACAACCCAGAGUUCCCUGCCUCCCCCUCUUGCAUCGAGUUCACAGCUAGGGUCUCCUACACUGAUAGCCCCAUCAAGUGCCUUUACAACGGCAUCACUUCGUAA